AUGACCAAGUUGCAUCCUCAGCUUUCAAGAAGGGCUUGCCAACCGAGCACAGCUAUACUGGGAGCUGGCCAUAACUCCAAGUCAAACCUUGGCAGAGGCAAGCCAAAAGAGCAACAAGUUCAAGCAAAAAGCCGGGAUAAGGGCAGAUCGCGGCCCCAAGAGGGAAACUCAGAAACAGGGACCUUCACUGAGUUCGCUAUCCCAAUCCACCAGAUCCUAGCUCAGGUGAAGGACAAGCCGUGGGUGAGGAGACCACCACCCAUGAAGGGAGACCCCUCUAUAAGGGACACCAACUGCGCAUUCCACGGGGAGCACGGUCAUUACACCAACAACUGCAACGCUUGGAAAAGGCACCUUGAGGAGCUGGUCAGAGAAGGCCAUUCCACAGAGUUCGUUGCAAAGAAGGCAUCCAGCAGAUCGAGGAUCGUGAUGCAGCUGCCAAGGAACCUCCCCAAAAGCCGACUCCCAAGAGUCAGGCUGACCACCAAGGAGCGCAAGAGAAAGAUCGCUCAAGUAACUUAUGCCUCCCAAGUCACAACGGGAGUACCAGCCAUUGUGGAUACACCCAUCAUCGGCUUCCAGAAGAAGGACUUGAUCGGGCUUGACCUGCCACAUAAUGACGCCCUAGUCAUCUGCAUCCAAAUUGAACAAGCUGUGAUCGAGCGAGUUCAUGUAGAUGAGGGCAGCGCAGCCAACAUCCUGCAACUAUCUGUUAUCCAACAGAUGGGGUUCGAGCCCAAGAUUAGCAAACUUGCCAGAUCGCUCACCGGCUUCAAUGGGGCCACAUCAAUCACUGUUGGAACGAUCGACCUUGAUGUCCACUCACCCCCAGUGGUCUGCUCGCAAACCUUCAUGGUCAUCGACGAGGUUUCCCCCUACAACGGAAUCUUGGGCCGACCGUGGAUCAGCAAGAUCGAGGCCAUCACAUCUGCUCUACAUCAGAAGAUCCGCUAUCCCAUCCCUGGGGGCGGGAUCGGGCAGAUCAACAGUGACCAAGCCAUGGCAAGGAGAUGCACAGCCCAAGGGCUCAAGAAGAGCAAGCAGCUGCAGUUCACACCAGUAAUGCAAGCUGCCAACGAGGCAGGAAGCGCUCUUAGCAGACAAGCAAACCCGAAAGGGAAGGAAGUUGCUGCCUCACAAUAG